UGACAUCAGCACAGCUAACCUCCUCUUGCUGAGCAGGCAGAAUCGUCUUAUGAAUGGGAAUAAUCCAAACUUCCACCCAUCAUCACCUAUGGGAAGAGUUAUUCUUAUCAACACACCACUAGAAGCUAACAGUGAUGAGAGUGAUGUUAUCAAUGCCAUUACAGUGGAGAAGAGCAAAGAAGGGAAGCUGGGUUUCAGUGUGCGUGGAGGCUCUGAACAUGGCCUAGGUAUUUUUGUCAGCAAGGUGGAGGAAGGCAGCAGUGCAGAACAAGCUGGACUUUGUGUUGGAGAUAAAAUUACAGAGGUGAACAGUGUGAGCUUGGAGAACAUUACAAUGGGAAGUGCCAUCAAGGUCCUGACAGGGAAUAACAGGCUGCGAAUGGUUGUGAGACGUAUGGGCAAAGUGCCAGGGAUAAAGUUUUCCAAAGAAAAGACUACAUGGGUUGACGUGGUAAACAGGCGUUUGAUUGUGGAGAGGAGUGGCUCAAGUCCCUCAGAUACCAGCUCUGAGAUAGGAAGGCGACACAUCGUCCAUCUCUAUACUACGUCUGAUGAUUAUUGCUUGGGUUUUAAUAUCCGUGGCGGGAAGGAGUAUGGUCUUGGCAUCUAUGUCUCCAAAGUGGAUCCUGGCGGGCUGGCUGAGCAACAUGGGAUCAAAGUUGGUGACCAAGUCCUUGCAGCCAAUGGAAUCAAGUUUGAUAACAUCAGCCAUAGCAGGGCAGUGGAAGUGCUAAAAGGGCAGACCCACAUCAUGUUGACCAUUAAGGAAACAGGGAGAUUCCCGGCAUACAAGGAAAUGGUGGCUGAGUACUGCUGGCUCAACAGAUUGACCAAUGGCCAGUUGCAGCAGCUAUCCCAAACCUCUGAAUCCAGCUCAUCCAUGUCAUCCUAUUCCUCAGGGACCCCCUUAAGCUCUAUGAAUGGCCUAUCUAUGGCCCCAGUUUCCAGCUCAGUUGAAAGCUGUAUGGUUGAUGUUGGCAUCUCCACAGAGUUGCCAAUUCAGAGCCAUUUGUCACAGAGGGCAGAGACCGCUAUGCAGACAGAACCAUUGCCUGAUGGGGCCUUCUUUUCAAGCAGCCUGACCUCAGAGACCCAGAGGAUUGUGCAGCCCAUGAAAAUCCUAAAAGACACCGCCAUUCGCACAGAAAGCCUCAAAGAGUCUUUUCACCUAAGGAAGCACCAGCCAUUUGUUAGCAAGGAAAUCACAGAGCCAUCCCCCAAAAUGGCUCUUCUUCUAGCGCUCAGCCAUCCACGUCAGCCCAUUAAGCGAUCACAGAGCUAUCUGACCAUCUGUGAGGAAAAGCAUCAAAGAAAGAAAGGGAAGUUGGUACCAUCAGAGAAGAAAGUCACCCUCCAGCGCUCCAAAACCCUGAUGAACCUUUUCUUUAAGAGCACCCGACUAGGGAGGCCAAGCUCAACAACUGGAUCCCUGGAAUCACAGAGGAAGUCCAAAUUACCUGCACAAUCCGAAGGGGAGAAAGGUAAUAAAAAGUCUGAGCUGCAAAAAUCUGGGCAACUAGAUUUCUCCAAGGAUUCAGAAAACACUAUUGGCUAUAUGAAUUUCAUGGACUGUCAAAGCAUGUGUGUGACUUGUAGCUAUGCACUUCCAAGUUUGAGCAGGGCCAACAUGUUUGGUUCAGUGCUGAUAAAAUGUAUCCUCCUUGGCUUUCUUUGGUCACCCUCUCCAGAAAAAGGCCGGUCCUUCAUGUCUCUGAGCUCCAAGGGAUCUGACAAACACAGUGGCAGUGAGCCCAGCAAAAUUAUCGACAGCCACCUGCUGCUCAUUGAGGUCAUGGCCAGGAAGCUGCUGAUGGAAGAUGAAGUGGCAGCUGUAUUGCGACACUGCAGCCGAUAUAUCCGAGAAGGUGGAGUAGAAGACCUGGUGAGGCCACUGCUGGCGAUUCUUGACCGUCCUGAGAAGUUAUUGCUUCUCCGAGACAUCAGAAAUGUGAUUGCCUCUACAGAUCUUGGCCGCUUUGACAGUAUGGUUGUGCCCCUGGAAAUGGAAGCCUAUGAUGCACUCAAGAGCAGAACAGGCGAAGAAGUUUUGAGAUCACCUGCCCUCCGCCCAGCACAACAUGAAAUACCCCCAAAGAGACAUCUUAUCACGCCAGUGCCUGAUUUCAGGGGUAGUUUUCUUCUGAAACCAGUGAUGGCCAACAAGGCAAAUGGGGAAGAAGAACACAAGGAUGAGCUGAAGGAUGCCAUGGAAAGGCUGCAGCUCUCUCCCAGACAUGGACAGACUCAACCUCAGAGCUAUACUCCUCUUGCUGAUGUGCCAGUGGAUUCCUAUAUUCCCAACACGGUCUCUUCCUCAGUGGCCAGUGGCAAAGAACCCCAUUGGAGUCUAACUAAACGUACAAAAUCCUCUACGAGCUCCCUACACACUGUAUCCUCUCAAGUGCAAUCCCUGGAGCAUGGAGAUGGACAACCUGGCAGAGAGAGGCCUCCUUCUUCAAAAUCAAGCCAUAGACAAGCUGUAGCAUGGGGACCACAUGGGGAAAUCUUGCCUGCCAGCGAUACCCUCUAUUCUGUUAUUAAUCGACCACGCAGAGCUAGGCCCCUGCUCUCACAGCUCUUCAAGGAAACAUCAGCUACUAGCAAGGUAAAGCAAGCAGAAAUGGGAGAUGAGAUCCCAGAGAACCUGCUCCAAAAUGGCCCCAGUGACAAGGAGGAGGAGGAAUAUCAACUGGUGACUGUCAGCCUAUCCAAGAACAAGCAAUCUCUGGGUAAGCAGAGCUCUCUAACAGCACUGUCUUGUUUCCCAGGCAUCAGCAUUUCAGGAGGAAUAGAAUCCAGAUUGCAGCCAAUGGUGAAGAUAGAGAAAAUAUUUCCUGGGGGAGCAGCAUCGCUGAGCGGAGAACUGGAGGCUGGCUAUGAACUGGUUGCAAUAGAGGGGGAGAGUCUACAGAAUGUAACACACCAGCGAGCUGUGGAAAUAAUCCGCCAAGCUUACCGCAACAAAGCUAAGGAGCCCAUGGAGAUUGUGGUGAAGGUGCCGAAGAAACUCAAAUAAAUGUUGCAAAUCAGGCAGUCAAUGCUGAAGAACGUGGUCAGCUCAUAAAUCAGAGAGUGCUGCAAUGCAACUGUUAAUGAAGAAUCCGUUUAACUAUACCUGCUUAUUGUUCAGAAAGAUAUGGUACCCGGGAAACCAGCUGCUAGCAGAGUUACUAAACUAUCUGCCCCUCAACAAGCUUUCAGGCUUAAUGGAGCAAGUAAUAGUUUCCCAGUUCUGGAGAGGCCUGUUUGGAACAGGACCAGGCAAGAUCAAAGAUCACAUUGCCCACGUC